AAACAACUCUUUGGCGUGCUGCUGCGUCCAUAUUCAAAGAUGAGAGUCUAUGUAAAUCUAACAGUCACAGAAAAGAGUUACAGCGGGAAAGGGGAAACAAUGUGCCCAAGUGAUGGAUUUGUUUAUUUCCGUAAUAGUGAACUGAUCAGCGGGCAACUCGGGAAGGCUACAUUAGGAAAUGGAAAUAAGGAUGGUCUAUACUCUGUUCUGUUGAGGGACUACAAGUCACAUGCUGCUGCAACAUGCAUGAAUCGGCUUGCAAAAUUAAGUGCUCGGUGGAUUGGUAAUCAUGGAUUUUCUAUAGGGAUUGAUGAUGUCACACCUGGGGAAAACUUAGCUAAGCAAAAACAAGAAGAGAUUCAUCAAAAUUACAAGAAAUGUGAAGAUCGUAUUCAACAAUUUAAUGAAGGAAAACUUGCCGUGCAACCAGGCUGUGAUGCUGCCCAGACUCUGGAGGCUGAAGUAACUAUGGCGUUGAAUAAAGUUCGUGACGACAUAGGAAAAAUUUGUAUGAAAACACUACAUUGGAGGAAUAGUCCUCUGAUCAUGUCACAGUGUGGUUCAAAAGGAUCCCCAAUUAACAUAAGCCAGAUGAUUGCAUGUGUUGGUCAGCAGUCCGUUGGCGGUCGUCGUGCUCCUGAUGGGUUCAUAGAUCGAAGUCUUCCUCAUUUUCCUACCAAAUCAAAGUUUCCAGCUGCUAAAGGGUUUGUAGCUCAUUCCUUUUUUGACGGUUUGUCAGCAACUGAGUUCUUUUUUCACACAAUGGGAGGAAGAGAAGGCCUUGUUGAUACGGCAGUUAAAACUGCUGACACCGGAUACAUGUCUCGUCGACUUAUGAAAGCUUUAGAGGACCUUGCUGUUUAUUAUGACAACACUGUACGAAAUGCCAGCGCAAGUAUAAUUCAGUUCAUGUAUGGUGAUGAUGGCAUGGAUCCUUCACAGAUGGAAGAGAAAAAAGGCCGUCCUCUGAACUUUAGCAGAUUAUUUAUGAAAGUUAAGGCAACGUGUCCUCCUAGAGGUGAGAAGGGUUUGUCUUACUCGGAAAUCUGCGAGAUAGUCAAUGAAAGGCUCUCAUAUCAUGAUAUGAGUCCUGAAGGGGGGUGCUCAGAGGCAUUCCGGGCUUCAUUAUCAGAUUUUCUGAUUAAAAGUUUAGCUGAAACCUUGAAGAGAUUACGGGAAGCCCUCUUAUUGGGUGGAGAGCAGUAUGCAGGGGGUGACCGUGAAUAUCUUGAAAAAGUUGCAUUAAACAUAUCUGGUAUUACAAAGAAGCAACUACAGGUGUUCCUCAACAUGUGCAUCUCUCGCUAUCACCUGAAGAGGCUAGAAUCGGGAACUGCUAUUGGUGCAAUUGGAGCUCAGAGUAUUGGGGAACCUGGGACACAGAUGACAUUGAAAACCUUUCACUUUGCUGGAGUUGCAAGCAUGAACGUUACACUUGGAGUUCCUCGAAUAAAAGAAAUUAUAAAUGCAGCAAAAAAGAUCAAUACUCCUAUUAUUACUGCAAAACUUCUGUCUGCUGCUAAUUUAACUGCAGCAAGGAUGAUUAAAGCCCGCAUUGAGAAAACUCUUUUGGGACAGGUGGCUAAGAGUGUAAAGAUUGUGAUGGCGUCUCGAUUAGCAUCAAUUGCUAUUACGCUAGAUAUGGAGACAAUUCAGGUGUCACAGCUGUGUAUUGAUGCUUAUACUGUCAAGCAAUCGAUUUUGCAGACCCCAAAAAUAAAAUUGAAAGAACAGCAAGUAAAAGUUUUGAACCCCAGGAAGCUGGAAGUUUUUCCUCAGGCUAACAAAGAUAAACUGCAUUUUGAACUUCACCGGUUGAAAAAUAAGCUUCCUGCUGUUGUUGUGAAGGGUAUUACUACGGUUCAAAGGGCUGUGGUGAACAAAGAACAAGAAAGAGAUCGUAAGAGUGAUGUCAAAGGAGAAACAUAUGAGUUGCUUGUUGAAGGUACCGGUCUCCUAGCCGUAAUGGGCAUUGACGGAGUUGAUGGGCGUAAUACAAAGAGUAAUCAUAUAAUGGAGGUGCAACAAAGAUUAGGCAUUGAAGCAGCAAGGAUCUCUAUAAUUGAUGAGAUUAACUAUACCAUGUCAAGUCAUGGAAUGACAAUAGACUUGCGGCACAUGAUGCUUCUAGCAGAUCUGAUGACAUAUAAGGGUGAAGUUCUGGGAAUAACCAGACAUGGCGUUCAGAAAAUGAAAGAUAGCGUACUGAUGUUAGCCUCAUUUGAGAAGACAACUGACCACCUGUUUAAUGCAUCUGUAAAUGGAAGGGAUGAUAAGAUAGAAGGAGUUAGUGAAUGCAUCAUCAUGGGCAUACCAAUGCAGAUAGGCACUGGGAUGUUUAAACUUCGGCAAUGUGUUCAGCAGGUUGAGCUGAAUUAUCAAUCAGAACCUAUGUUAUCCUAGGACUUCUAAAUGAAUUUGUCUGGUUCUGCAUAGUUAAUAUUUUGUCAAUGCCUCAAUGGCAUUUGGGAGGCGCUGCUGAAUUCUCUUGGAAGGAUAAUGGCAGAGGUAGACGACUUGCAAUAUUUCUUCAUGUGGCGUGAUAUGCAGAUGCUAGCAUUGACCAUGCAACAUCAGGUGAAUUUAAAAGAAAUCAUGGAAGGAGGCCGUCUUACCAACACCUAGAAGAUUGGUAUCAUCAACCUUAUAAUAUAGAAAGUUACUUUGGCCCCUGGUUGUAUUCAUGUUUGCGGGGGACACUGUUUUCAUCUUUAUUUAAGGCAAAAAGUAACGUCGGGAGUCCCUCCUCCAGCCUGUGGUAACACAUCCUUAUGUUGCUCCAUGGUUGCUGAUGCAGAUUUUGUUAGUAUUUUCAUGAUUCAUUUGCAAAAAGUCUUGGCAUAUUGAUAACUCAUACUGGGAAUCUUCCCUCAGGGAAUUGCAGAAUGUCUAGCUAUCCAACCAUUUGUUAAGAGGAA